AUGGCAGCCCCUAAUAGCGACAGUCUCGGCGAAACCGACAUGCAGAAUGGCCCGCGGCUUGGGCAUCGCAAGCCAGAUGAAAUAAAACAGGCACCCGUUCGGCUUCAAGAUGCCGUCGGGAGGAAAUUUAUCUUUCCGUUUCACUUAGCCAACACCUGGGCCGGUAUGGCGCGUUUAAUUCAGGAGGCAUUCGUGCACAUAGAAGGAAUUGAGCCGCAUGUUCACAAAGGUUACUACGACCUUGUUGGGCCUGACGGCAACAUAAUUCUCCCGUCGGUCUGGGAACAUGUCGUUGAGCCAGAUUGGUCGGUCACGAUGCAAAUGUGGCCGACUCAAGGGCCAGAGCCGGAACCCGAAGCUGCUCCAGCUACUAGCGCCGCAGCAGCAGCAGCAGAAGAAGAAGAAGAAGAAGAAGAAGCAGCAACAGAAAAAGCACAAAAGCCCCCACCUCAUAAGAUUUCCAGUAAUCGGCCCGCCACGGUUACGUCGGAAGGAGUCUUCAACUUUCUUGAGGGAGCGAUGGCGGAUAGAACACAUUCACUGCAUAUUGCCCUCUUCGAACUUCAGUUCGAUCACAAAAUUCCGGAAGCCAACGUUACUGUUUCAUGCAAUCUGGGCCCCGUUGCUGACGACAGCUCGGCAGAUGUGGAAAGUUGGAAGGUCGGAAUUUUUCAUCGUUAUUCAUCGGGAGUCGUGUUCGAGAAGAGCCAGAGGCCGCGCCAAUAUGAUAAGAGCGUAGUCAAAUCGGCCACUUUUGAUCUAGAAGAUCCAGAAGGCUAUGGCGUAGAUCCAGAAGGCCAUGGCGUGGUUGUUUUGGUACGACGUCGGCGCAGUGAAGAGGCGGUCUCAUUUUCUUUGGGCUUUGACGUAGCCAAUGUGGACUACGGAGGCUACGUGAGUCAUGACAGAAUAGAAGAAACUGUUCAGAUUGACGAGAAGAAGAAGACCUCCUGGACACCUCUGUCGUGGGCCGCGGCAAACGGGUGGGAGGACGGCUUGAAUCUGCUACUCCGAGAAGAGGGCACCUUACAGCAACUAGAUAAUAUUGGGAGAUCGGCACUCUCCUGGGCCGCUGGCAGCGGGCAAGAAAAUGCUACAGGGUUGUUGCUCAGCGAGCCGGAGAUACAAGCGGACGAAGAAGACGUCCAUGGAAGGACACCUCUCUCUUGGGCUGCUGGGGGCGGCUAUGUCAAAACAAUCGACCUGUUGUUAACUCAAGAGGGAGUCAAUGCAAGCAGCACCGACUAUGAUGGCCGGAGUCCACUGGCGUGGGCAGCUGGAAACGGUCAUGUCGAUGCUAUACGCAAUUUACUAAGUGCGAAGGGAGCUGAUGGACAACACAUCCUAUCGAUUCACGAUGAAAGCGAUCCUGACAAUAGCUCAGUAUCCUGGGCUGCCAGGAAAGGACAGGAAAAUACUUUACGCAUUCUGGUGGAGGAAGGGCUACGACUACCAGAAAAGCCGGAGCAACACAAGAGGCUACCAUGGGCGCACUUUUAUCUACACAAAGCUGCGGAACAAGGAUGGGUUAUCUUGGCGAAGCUCUUGAUUGAAAAGAAGGCCCUGGUCGACCCACGAGAUCCAGACUACGAUGACCGCACGCCUCUCUGUGUCGCUGCAGAGAAAGGCCAGUCGGAAGUGGUUAGGAUUCUAUUGAAGGCUGGUGCAGCAUGCAAUUACCAAACUGCCAAGGCUCUAGAAACUCCACUCGGUCUGGCAAUUCGAUUUGGACAUGAGGGUGCGGUCAAGGUUCUUCUUAGCGCCGGGGCUAAUAUCAAGCUGGAAAACGCCAAGGGCGAGGCACCUAUGGAUUUGGCAAAGCAUCACCCAACAAUCUUCCACAUGGUGGCCGCUGUAGACAAAGAUGGCAGGCUCGCCGAAGCGGAGGAUCCUCACCUUCAUUCCAGCGUUGACCAUGAAUUCAAAGCGACAGUCAUUGAUUUCGUCUCUGUGUCUGGGGUUCAGACCCCAUGCGCUGCUGAGAUUGACGUUGAUGACCUGCUGAAGAACCCUUUGGUCUCUACUACCCCAGAUGCUGCUUCUACAUCGUUCCGAUGGCUACAUCUUCCUGCUAAUAACCUUUUGAUGACGAGACUUUACGACAACCCAGCCUCGGCUUAUAGAGUGCUCAAAUCUGAGCGAUGGGCGUUUCCAAGUGCCUCACUCUGGGCCCUGGAACCAGAAGAGGCAGACUACCGCUCCGACCUGGUGCUAUUUAUGCCUUUCCUGCACUGGGACUUUGAAGAGCUGCAGGCCAAACGCGAAGCAAUUGUCAGCUCCCCAACACACAAACAGAUCCCAAGUCAUACGCUGGUUCGCGAUCAAAAGCUGGUGAAAGCGUACCUAACCGAUGAUCACCCCUUACAUAUUCGCCGCACCUUAGAUCAAUACUAUUAUCACACUCUUACAGACACUACAAGGAGAGACAAAGAUCAGCUCCUCACGAGCUAUCAGAACAAAAAUGAGAUGCAACCAAGGAUACUUACCAUGGUUGACCAACUUUGGCUGUGGGUGCUAAAUGGGGACCAGGGCAAGCCUGACAUAGUCGUUAGCUGCUUCCCAGUUGUCGAUCAACAAGAAGCCUCAGCACAGCCAGACCCUCACGGACUGAUGAAUAUACUACGGUGCAUCAAGCUACGCCUUCUGGAUGAGCCGUCUUCCGUUCAGACGGCAUAUGAUCUGGCAGGUCUGAUUGCGGCGACAUGCUCUAGGGUCUACUUCGACCGUGCAAGCACUCUGAGUUUUGGGAAUACGAAAUCGACUCUGCAGUUUUCGGAGCUCUAUGAAACAGAAAUUAGUGAUAUAAUCCAAGAGGAGAGCGUCCUAUUUGGGAAGUUCACGAACCUUGAGAAGGAGGACUUGGCAAAUAUACGCAGUGAAGUCGGCUUGAUCUCUAGGAUAAAGGCAAUUCUCGACGAUUUGAACAUCAUGUCUGUGCUAUUUGAUGAUCAACGGAAGAUGGUAAAGAUCAUGGACAAUAUCGUUAAGUCUAUUUCAACAUACGACAAUGGAAAUAGAAGCCCGGAAACGCAAAAUUCUGCAUGCAGUUCAAGAGAGGAGCAAAGCAAAAUGUACGCAAAAAAGCGUCUAAGCAGUUUCAGCGACGCGAGGACCGAUACCGACGUGAUUGCCUACGCAAGCCAACGCGCAAAUGGGAUCUGGGGAACUCGCAACGAACCCGAUAACUUCAGCCUGCCGCUGGCGCUGGUCAACGCCAGCAUCGACGAAAUCAACACUAUGAUUAAGCGGGCAGAGAGGACCAGCGAAUCUCUCAACUUCCUUGUAGACCUAAAGUUGAAGCAAAACAGCGUAAUGGAUACGAAAGAGUCGCUGAAGCAAGGACGUACCGUUUUGAUCUUUACCUUGACCACUAUUGUCUUUCUACCUCUAUCGUUCAUGGCUACAUUCUUUACCCUAGAUAUAAGUCAGUUCCAAACCAACGCGAAGGGAAAGCUUGACUUGGGCUACGUCUCGGCUAACCCCAAGGCUACUUGCAGUCCCCAUCUCCACCCUAAUAUCAGCGGCCCUCAUCUGGGUUGCUUUUAG